AUGGAUAGGUACCUUCAUACAUUAGAUAUUGAAGUGCUCUGUCAGGGUGUCAUGCCACUUGGGCCACAGCAAAACACCAGUGCUGAAUUUGUGAGCCAUGCACCUCAAGCACAGGCCCAGCAGCAGCAGCCCCAGCAGCAACAGCAUAUUGAAGGGAACGCACCCCACCUAGGCAGCAACAGUGUUGGGGUACCCCCGGGUUAUCCUACAGAUAAUCAACUGGCCGGUCUUGUUGAAGCUGCCACAGCUGCUGCUGGUGAGGACGAAAGCUGGGAUCAGAACGAUGCAGGUGAUAUGAUGGCUACCGGUCAUGGACGGGGUAUCCAAAACCACCUGGAAAACUAUAGUGUUGGCAUGCAUUUAGAUGAAAACGGUUUCGCAACUGCCGGCCCGACCGGCCAUUCCUUCGGAAGUCUCCCAGGAGGAGAGUCAUCAGUCAGCGGCGGUGGCAGGCAAGCGCCACCCGGCACUGUAACCGCAAGUGUGCGAAAACGCAAACGUAACCAGAACAACGUCGACCCUGCAAUGACUUCUGCGACGACGAGAUUCAGAUUUGGAGAGGGAGAGGAAAGUAGCAUGGCCCAAGACGGAGCUGGGGUGCAGGUACCCGAAACCGACGGAUCUUCUUUGGAUAUUAGAGAGAUGCCUCCGCAGCGAGUGAUAUCGGAUGCGCGGGCAGCCGGUGUCCAUUCUGCCGUUGCCCUCUUUAGGCAACCGUCAGCAUCAAGCAAGAAGGCUACCCGCCCACCAAUGUCCAAGAUGUUCACUUCCUUGGGACUAUCUCCAGAGAACUUCCUCCAUCUGCAGGCUGCUGCAAAGCAAUACAUGUUGGACGAAAAUCACCCUGAACGGCGCGACUGUGUCGGCCAGAGAGGUCGUGGCGAUACGGAGAUGGUCAAACUCCGGCUUUGGAGCUGUGUACGAGACUUCCUAGACCGAGAAGGGAACGGUUUACGAUACUUUGGAGAACAUGUCGAGAAUGAUGGUGCCAGCUCAGAUAGACUGAUCUGGCCUAGAGACGAUCAGAGAAUCAUCUCUCUUGUCACUCCUCUGCUCCGUCGAAUGGUCACUAACGAACGACAGCGCCAAUAUGCCAUCGAGAUUCGAAAGGGAGGGAACUCUGAAGAUAAAUCGAAGCGAAAUUCGGGAUCCACCACUAACCCCAUACCUGAUAGCGCUGCACGCUAUCAUCAGCCACCUCCCAGUGGCACAGCUGAGCUCGGAAUGCUGGGUCUCAUCAGGAACGAAUACCCUACCUAUCAAACGGACUGGGACUCAGUCGCACGAGCAUACGAGAUGUAUAAUCAAGACUACCGCCUGGAUAGCCUUGGAUCAAUCUCUGGCCUGCCUCAAUCAGAUUGGUGGGGACUAGUUGCUGCUAUAGACUGCCACUAUCAAAUUGACCAUGGUGGUGAUGCAACGCAGUGUACCGAUAGCUGCCAAGAGUGCACUGUCAACCAUCUAAUGUCAUCUGAAUCAAUGUCGGAGGUGAACUUCCGGAUCAGCGGUGAAGAAGACAUUGCUGCGCGGAAUUACUUCGCAACUGGUAUUACCCGUGAUGCCACUCGCAUCGUGAAAAACUAUCUUCUGGAGCACCCAAAUAUCCAACCGGCUAGUACUGAGGCCCAGGAUCCUCAGUUCCCAACAUCCGAGGUGGUACCUCAGGUCCCUAUACAGGUACAGCCUGGAUUGGACCAGCAACAACCACAGCAUCAACAAUCUGCUUCAGAUGCUUUACCAGUUACUCUAUCCAUCAACAUCAUACAAAAUGAGGACCAUAAACGCAUAGUCCCUCGUUUUCAAGUUCCCGCCAGCCAAUGCACUGACUUUGAUACUCUACACGGCACCAUCCGUCAGUACUACCACGGGCAAAACAAUUCCCAGGCUCCACAGAAUAUGCGCAUCAGAGUAUGGCUGGACGAUGGUCUCCAGUUGAUACUUAAUGAUUCUCAGUGGCUAACAGCCUUGGUCACAGCAAGCGAGAUCGAAUGGAUGGACAAUGAGUUGAAAAUCAUUGUUGAUAGAGUCGAUGGCGCUGCUAACUAA